CCCCUGCUCUGACAGUGAGGCUAAAUGUCUGCAGGACAUGCUCAACCUUUGUCUAUCAAUGUUCCUCUACUAACCACCAGCAGGGUUGGCAUAUAGAGACCAACGCUCCGCUCCACACAGACAGGACACAGGUCUCUAUGCCUAGACUAGACAGAAAGCGACGUUGUAGGUCAUUGGAAGUCAGUAAAGUUAGUGACUCCUAGAGAGUUGCAUGUGGAACUGUUGUUUAAGUGCGGAAGCAUCUUUAGGUUUAGAGAGGCACUUUAUGCUUUUAAGUUUGCUGUCUUGUUUUUUGUUUAUACUACCUUGAAGGCAUCACUGAGAUAGUCAUUAUUGAUACAGUAAACAGAGCUUGGUGACUCAGAAGGAGAAUACACAUUUUCUCCUGUUUUCGCUCCUCUUUUCAUCCCUCCAUUGCUUUGGGGUAGCCUCUUGACUUUUUGGCCACAAUGUGGGAGUUCCGGUCCAUGUCGUUCUGGCGGGCAGUGUUUGCCGAGUUCUAUGGCACCAUGUUCUUUGUGUUCUUUGGUCUGGGGGCGGCUUUGCGCUGGACCACCGGGCCCCACAACGUUCUCCAUGUGGCCUUUUGCUUCGGCCUGGCCGCUGCCACCCUCAUCCAGUCCAUCGGUCACAUCAGCGGGGGACACAUCAACCCGGCCGUCACCUUCGCCUACCUGAUUGGCUCCCAGAUGUCCCUGUUCCGCGCCUUUUUCUACAUUGUGGCCCAGUGUCUGGGGGCGCUGGCCGGGGCCGCCGUGCUCUAUGGGGUCACCCCCAACAACAUGAGGGGAAACCUGGCACUCAACACGCUGCAGCCAGGUAUCAGCCUGGGCAUGGCCACCACCAUGGAGGUGUUCCUCACCCUGCAGCUGGUUGUCUGCAUCUUCGCUGUGACAGAUGAGAGGCGUAAUGGACGCCUGGGCUCUGCCGCCCUAGCCAUCGGCUUCUCUGUCCUCAUAGGACACCUGCUGGGGAUGUACUACACUGGUACUGGAAUGAACCCUGCCAGGUCCUUCGCCCCCGCUGUCCUGGUCAGAAACUUUGUCAACCACUGGGUGUACUGGGUGGGUCCGAUGAUUGGUGGUGCUAUGGGAGCUAUUAUCUAUGAUUUCAUGCUGUUUCCCCGCAUGCGUGGUCUCUCUGAGAGGAUGGCCAUACUGAAGGGCACCAGGCCCCCAGAGGCUGAGAGCCAGCAGGACACCCGAGGAGAGGCCAUCGAGCUCAAGACUCAGGCCCUAUAAGCCUGGUGGAAGAAGGUUGGCUUUUUGAACCCCCUAUCCCCCUAUUCUGUACCCAAACCCCCUCCGAACCCUCAACCCCACCCAACACACACACAUACCUCUUCCCUCCCUUCCCAUUUAACCCACCCACACACAUAGUACAUAUGGACCAUAGACACAAACCCUCCUCACCCUCACAACAAUUCCACCUUCCUCACCAUCCUCAUUCUCACUCUGCUGAUCCAGAAACAGCCCUAACCACCCUCCAACACUCCACCACUGACCCUCACCCAUACCUCCCCCCUUGGACUGCAGGAUAAAGACGUAGGGUAAGAAGAGGACUUAGUUGCCACUGAAGAAAGCACCCUGCUGUGGCCUGUGGUGUAGGGAAUGGCUCACUCCUGGCUGACCAGGUGGCUAUUACUGCUCAGGACAGGGGCAUCUCUCUCUCUCGCUCUCUCUCUCGCUCAUUUGUAGUCUGCUAGGAGUGAAGCUACAGUAGAGCAGUGGACUUCUGCAUGCUUUUUCAAUUUUUUCAUCCAGUUUGAAUCUCUCCCUUGUGUUUUUUUUGUUUUUGUUUCAUGAAACUUCGGGAACCUGACAUGUAUGUUAUAUUAUACCUUUAAAGAAUUUAUGAGGAUUUUA